AGGUGAGCCACAGACUCCUGUUGUCUCUGGUCAGACUUUGCAGGAGUUUUGAUGGGCGAGUGCCAGGAUGGUGGUGCCACAGCUCACACACUCCUAAGGAAAGCCAUCUGGCUCCUUUUGCCCACUUUUAUUAUAAAUUGUGUUUAGGAUCCUAUAAUUCAGAUUGGUUACCUACUAACGUAAAUUUCUAGGUAUUCUGUGAAAGGAGAUACGACGGUGGAUGGACUAUUAUCCAGCGACGCAGUGGGGAAGGGGUGUAUGGUGGACCUGAGGACUUUCGGAGGUGGAUGUCUGAAUAUGAAAAAGGAUUUGGGCAUGUUGCUUUUGAACAUUGGCUAGGGCUUGUCUACAUUAAUGCUCUGACCCACCAGAGAGACAAAAAAUGCGAGCUCCGAGUUGACAUGAGAAACUACAAAGGGAAGAAGGGCUAUGCUGUAUACGAGACCUUUGAAAUUGGCAACGAAGAUAAAAAAUACCGCCUUUCUUUGGGAAAAUACAGAGGGAAUGUGGGAGAUGCAUUCAGAGGGCGUGAACCCUCUGAGAAUCAAGAUGGCCAUUUCUUCAGUGCAGUUGAUAGUGACAAUGACGACUGUGGCCCAUGUUUUCAGGGCGAUGAGGCAUUCGACAGCUGCGCUGGCGAUCUCUACGGUUCUGGGUGGUGGUUCAGUAACUGCGGCAUGGCGGAUCUCAACGGGAUGUGGCAUCCCAAACACAGCUGUAGAGGUUGGGUAUCUGGCGUGUACUGGAGAACAUGGAGUAAUAUUGAUUCCCUGCUAUUUAGUGAGCUAAAGAUAAAAUGUACUAAGCUGUAACUAUGUCAGACUCUCCAGCCUGAGAUGGCUUGCGAGUUCGUUUCCCUUUCUGCAGCAAUUUUAGUACAAAACCAUUUGUGUUACUAUGAAUGUUAACCGUUUAAUAGCAAAUCUGACUGAUCUAAGAAAUGAAGUUUCUGCUAAUUGAUUGUUGAAGUCUUUCUAGUUUUUCAGUAGACGUAAUCCCUUCCCCUCCUUUUGCCAAAACCAUUUCAGUAAUAAGGAACAUAUAUUUUAGUGCAGUCAUAAUCCUAGAAGUAUUUCUACUAUCCGCUGUAGAACAAAUUAGCUAGGAACCCACCCAUAUUUCCAUCAAACCCCAGCGCAGAGGA